GGAGGUCGUUCUGUUAGGUUGGGCGGCGCUGACGGUAGAACCAGUCUGUGUUUGAAGAUUUCUGCACCAUUGGAGGACGAUAUAAGUGGAGUAGCUUUUGCACAUUUCCAUCCAUGGAUUUGGUAAAAACUGAAGGAUCUCAGCCGGUCUACAGCCGCUGGUCAUACAGGCCCUCCAGCUCUGCCAGCUUCUCCUCCGACUCCACAUCAAGAGUCAUUGAAGGCGACUGUAGCAGUCUGAUGCAGCAGAAGCUGGAAAGACAGAGGGCUCUGCUGGAGCAGAAGCAGCGACGGAAACGUCAGGAACCCAUGAUGGUCCAGCCCAACACCGAGACCCGACCGCGGCGCUACAGGACGCGGCGAGGAGAGGAGCAGGACCCGCUGGUGGAGUCUCAGAUCAGCAUCAACAGUGACAUCAUCAUUGAUGGUAUCGAUGGACCGGCAGCUUUCACAGCUCCAGCAGCUCCUGAUCUGGGAACACAAAUCCAGGUUCAGUCAGCGAGCCAGUCCCAGUCACCCCAGCCUCAUCAUCAGCCUCCGUCUCAACCUCAGUCUCCUAAAGCCGAGGAAACAGAAAGAGACGGAGACACCGAGACUCUGCUGGAGCCCAAGACAGACAUCCACGAGCUGCUACAGAGGGAAGGUUUGUGUGGAAGUAUGAACUUUGAUGAAACCAGCGAACACGAAGACGAUGCGGACGAGAAUCAGGUUUCUUCUCUGUCCUCCCAAACCGACGUUACCAGGCCCGCCUCAGCUUCUAGUGGCAAAAACAUUCCUGAGACGGUAAUCCCUGGAUCACCUUCUGCAGAAAGCUUCCUUGCAGACUCAGCAAACCUAGAGGAGUUUGUCCUGUCCCCUGCGCCUAGUGGCAUCAAAAUUAAAUGCAGGAUUACUCGGGACAAGAAAGGUAUGGACCGAGGCCUCUAUCCCACAUACUACAUGCACAUGGAGAGAGACGAUGGGAAAAAGGUUUUUUUGUUGGCUGGAAGGAAGAGAAAGAAGUGCAAAACAUCUAACUACCUCAUUUCAGUGGAUGCCACGGAUCUGUCACGAGAUGGAGAGAGUUUUAUUGGGAAGCUGAGCAGCAAUGCAGCGGAGUUGGAACAGGAGAGUCUGGUGGGCAGAUGGCAAACCAACAGGCUGGAAAACCUGAUUGAGCUGCACAAUAAGGCCCCCGUGUGGAACGACGACACCCAGUCAUACGUGUUAAACUUCCACGGCCGAGUAACACAGGCUUCAGUGAAAAACUUCCAGAUAGUGCACGACAAUGACCCCGACUACAUCGUUAUGCAGUUCGGAAGAGUUUCUGAAGACAUCUUCACCCUGGAUUACAGCUACCCCAUGUGUGCUCUUCAGGCCUUCGCGAUCGGCUUGUCCAGCUUUGACAACAAGCUGGCCUGUGAGUAACGGGACGGUGUGCUGGAUUCAAACCCUCGGACAUGAUCUGUGUGCGGCACAAAAAAAUUUACAGACUGAAAGGGAAAAUAAACAUUUUAUCUAAUGAGACACAAGCACCUAAAGAACAGCUCAUGCUUAUGGCUUCAUUUGAAGAUAUAUGAACUGAAACUGUAUUAUCUGUUAUUUCUGGUUGUUUCAAUCUAUUUAAUGAGAAUUGUAUCGUUUAACUUUUUCUCUGGCGCCAUCUGCUGGCAAAUGUUAGCCUUUUAAAGAUACUUUUUGUCCCUUAUGCUACGUUCACACUGCAUGCACCUUGAGCAGCAGAUGCAGGCGGUUUACAUUGAAAGUCUGUGAUUUAUGCGCAUCA